CAACGCUGCCGUCGUUGCAUUGCUAGUGUGUGUGCGUGUGCAAUUUAUACCCUGUAAAUUCUUCUUUUUUCGCUUACCAAGGAUUUUAAACAAAUUCAAGGAUUUUUCAACAACAAGAUGGUCGCUAACAAGGAAUUCGCUUUUGCUAUUCUGCUGCUCGCCGCCUUGAUGGGCGAGGCUUUGUGUCAGCAAGCCGCUGAGGAUAAUGCUUCUGAUGUCGCUGAAGGCCGCACAUUCAGCCAUCACUUCCUGAAGCGACUGAGUUUUGCUGUCAUUCCCGGCGCCUUUGUGAUUGGCGUGAUCACCACACUGCUAGCCGCUCUCACCGUUGUCUCCAUGAAGGGUCUGGGUGUCGGUGUGAUCCUUUUAAUUUUGGCCAUCGGUCAGAUGCUUUCACGCGCCAUUCCACAAGUGCACGCUGCUGCCUAUACCGCUCCAGCACCCGUGCCGGUAGUGUACUCGCAUUCGCACACCCAACAGCCCGUUUGGCUUGAGAAGGAGUGGUAAAAUUAAGAUGGAGAAUAGUAUGGACGUUGUUACCUCAGUGAAGAGUCCCAAACGAACGCUGAAAAGAGACCAAAAAUACCAUUAACUUUUAAUUAUUAGUCAAUUAAUUAAUUUAGUUAGUUUUAAUA